UGCGUGAAAUCUCGUACAUAUAUUUUAUAGGUCCGUAACACUUUAACGAAACAGAAGAAACGUGCUAAUGACUCUUGCGCGUAUUUUAAUUCAUUUCAUUUUUAACAUCAUCCCCUGUUGUCACGUGUCGUUGUUGCAGCUCGGAAAUGUGUAGCGCCGAGAAUAUCAUGGGCUCCAAGUUGAUGAUUGCCGUUAAUAUGCCGAGCAAGAACGAGCUGUUAUUGAAAGAAGGUACACCUGAACCAUCGAAACAGACUAAAGGCAGUUCGCUUAAACAGAUCCUCGUCGCCUUAUCGGCCAACUGGGGCACCAUAAACAUUGGGCUCGUGUUCGGCUACACCGCCGUCAGUUUACCUCAACUUAUGACGGCCGGGUCCAGGAUUUCAAUCGACAGACAUCAAGCCUCUUGGAUAGCUAGCGUGUCGACMAUCGGAACRMCRUGCGGAUGCAUACUGGCCAGCUACUUCACCGACCUGUUGGGCCGCAAGAAGACCUUAAUCGUCUUGCAGUUUCCCGCUAUCGUCGGGUGGUUGAUGGUGGGUUCCGCGACAACAGUCCAGUGGAUUUACGCGGGAAGAUUCCUGGCGGGCCUGAGUUCCGGCAUGAUCGGCUCGCCGUCCCGCGUGUACACGUCCGAAGUGUCGCAGCCGCACCUUCGUGGCGUGUUGGUCGCGUUCGCGUCGAUCGGCACGUCUGUGGGCGUUUUGUUGGAGUAUUUUAUCGGCUCGGUAUCAAACUGGGACACGUUGGCGUACUUCAACGCUACGAUGCCCGCGAUCGCGCUGUGCUUGGUAUUCUUCAUACCGGAAUCGCCGACGUGGCUGAUAUCGUSCAAGAACGACGAGAACCGGUGCCGGUCCAGCCUGCUACGGGUACGAGACAGGAAGUGCGACGUGGACACCGAAGUCAACGACUUGCUCAUGUGCUCCAGUGCAGACRAGUCGAUUUCGUUCAAGGAGAAGGUCCGACUCAUCUGCCGGCCGUCCGCGUACAAGCCGUUCGUGAUCGUCUCCAUCUACUUCUUGCUUAGCCAAUUCUCCGGACUGAACGUGGUCACGUUUUACGCGGUCGACGUYAUACGGGAUUCGGGUUCUACUAUGGACAAUUACUUGGCCACCGUCAUACUGGGAAUCGUUCGGAUGGUAUUCACCGUGAUUGGCUGCAUGAUGAUGUUUCGAUUAGGCCAGAAACCUCUCUCUUACAUAUCUUGUGUGGGUUGUGGCAUAUCUUUGCURUGCCUAUCCGGUUACAUGUAUUUGAACGUCGCUUGGACGGCGGCCGGGCAACCAGCCUCGGCCACGUGGUUCCCGAUCGUGAGCCUGUUCGUGUUCUACGCAUGUUCGACGGUCGGCUUUCUGCUCGUGCCGUGGGUGAUGAUCGGCGAAGUGUUUCCCAGACAGAUCCGAGGUCUGCUCGGUGGCGUGGCAACGUGCAGCGGYCAUUUUUCCAUAUUCAUCGUGCUCCAGACGUACCCGAUUCUUCAGGAUACGGUCAGCAAGCCCGGUACGUUUGCAGUGUAUGGUCUCAUAUCCAUAGUCAGUAUCAUAUUCUGCUAUUAYUUCUGCCCGGAGACCAAAAACAAGACGCUGCAGGAGAUCGAGGAGUCAUUCCACAACAAGAAGAAACUGAGAAGACCCAUCGUCCUCAAUUCGACUCCAAAACCACAUGCACCGUCCACUGCAACAACAACAUAAAAUAAAUGUUUACAGAUAUCAUUUUUAAUCUGUCUAUAUAGACUCGAUUUCAGUGUAAUUGGGUGGAGACUCGAUGACGCCACUGCAGGUGUUAAACCGAACACCCCGAUGACGAGGAAAUAUUGCCAUCGUAAUCGUUCAUUUAAAUAUAUUAUUUAUUUGUUUUAAUUUAUUUUACUAUUUCUAAUGAUUUGAUAUCGUUUUCCGUUGCAAUACGUUCGGAAACGCUUUUUUAAUAUAUUAUUAUUAUUGUUAGUACUACGACUAGCCUUAAGUUUAGAUGACCAAUUGUCAGGAAAACUUUAUAAAUAAAUAAAAAAAAAAAGUACUACGAUUAAGUAUAUAAUUGUUGUCGAUGCUUUCAAACGUCUGAAAGCUAAUAUGAUAUUUAUAGCAUUUUACUUUACCUACCAUAUUAUUAUUUUUUUUUUUUUUA